AUGAAAGAAACCAAUCGAAUUAGUGCAUUAAAAAGACUUACUAAACCAAUAUCCAGUAAUAAUAGUAUUCAUAGUCGUUUAAGUGCACCGAACACUACUCCUGUUAUUACUGAUGCUCGACAAUUGUUAACAAAUCGAAAUAAACCAAUAUUUGAUGCUCGACAAUUAUUAAGUCGACAAUCAUCAAAAACACGUGAUACUUCUUUAACAAUCCGAAAUGAUAUGGAAGAUGAUGAUGAAGAAGAAGAAGAAGAAGAACAACCUAAUGACAAAUCCAAACCAUUAUUCAUUACUAGAUCUAAAGAUGGUCGACUUACUACUGGAACUGUUAAUCGUUCGGCACCGGGCAAUAUUCGUAAUUCUCAAUUAGUUGAACCAAUUUCUUUUAAAAAAACAAUCUCAAAUGCACCAGCUUCGUCUGAUCAAAAAGUUGUGAUUAGUUUUGUCAAUGAUCAAUAUCGUAAAAGACAAAGAACACCAUCACCACUUGCACAUUCACCUCCUCCAAUUAUUCGGCGUUUAAAUGAUGCUUCUAUUCAAACAGCACAUUUAUCAUCUUCAUCUCGAGCACCACUUCGUACAAAUACUCAACGAAAAUAUUUAGAUGAUCAAUAUGAACCUGCAACAAAACGUAUUUCUUCACGAAAUACAAUAACCGAUAGAGAUCAACAAGUUUCAUCAUCAUCAUCAAAAAAUUCUCUAAAACAUAUUUCGACAGAUACAUCUGUUAGCACACGACCAAAACCAAAAUUAAAUACUGAUGAAGCGACAGUUUUAAUUACUAAUCUUCAAACAUCAGUUACAGAAGACGAUGUUAUUGAAUUAUUUAGUCAAGUUGGUGAUAUUGAAGAUAUAAAAACAUUAAGUCAUGGUUGUGUUCAGAUAAUUUAUGCAAAACACGAACAAGCUGAAGAAGCAGUUGCUAAAUAUCAUAAUCGAUUAUUAGAUGGAAAAUUAAUGUAUGUUUGUCUUCAGCAACCAACUUCUUAUUCAACAAAAUCUUCAAAAUCUACAACAGGAAAAGAUAAAAAUGCAUCAUCAUCAUCAUCAAAUAAUAAUGAAUCUUUUCAUUCGAAUUCAAAUAAAAUGGCUAUUGAUCCAGCAUUUUUUCGACAAGCACUAUUCAAUCCAUCGACUAGUACAUCAAAUAAUGUACAAUUCCAAGUCAAACUUUAA